AUGGCACUUAAGUAUUUGAUUUUCGCAUCAGCUCUUUGCCUUACAUUGGCCUAUCCCUUGGAUCAUCAUUAUUAUGAAGACCAUCAUGGAGGUUAUGAACAUUUGCAACAACAUGAGGAGCCUGUCCAUCAUGAAUACAGUCAUCAUCAACUGGAACGUAUCUCAUUGAGUGAACAUGAACCUGAGCAUGAACAUGAACACCAUGAAGAUGAACAUGUUGAUUAUUAUGCACCACCAAAAUAUGCUUUCAAAUAUGGUGUAAAUGAUUAUCACACUGGUGAUGUUAAGUCACAACAUGAAACUCGUGAUGGCGAUUCAGUUAAAGGACAAUACUCCCUUGUCGAACCAGACGGUUCCAUACGUACCGUAGACUACACUGCCGAUAAACAUAAUGGAUUCAAUGCUGUUGUACACAAGACUGCACCAGUCCAUGAACACGAAGAACACGAACAUCAUUUCUAAGCCUAAACCAUAAUUAGCGAUAAACUUGCAGCAAACAUAUGCCAAUUGUUAACAUUAAUGCUCUCAAUAAUGGUUAAAAACAAAAUUAACUAAAUUAAAGUAUUUCAUCAGAAACGACUAGAAAACACAUCAAAGCUUAUCGAUUCAUUUACUAUACAAAUCAGCCACAAACAUUUCGUCUAAUGUGAAACUAACAAGUCAACAUUGUUUUAAAUUUUCAUUA